GGUUCUGUUCACAGUCAUCUCCAUGCUGCACUUUGUAGACCAGAGGACUGUCAGUCUGUCCAACAUGGACCUGAUGUUUGGCUCCAUGAUCUCAGUCUGAUGUGUCCUUCAUAUAUUGUUCUGUUCCAGCUGCUGGAGGACAACAUUGUUACUUUUGUGAAGAAUGAGCUGAAGAAGAUCCAGAAGGUUCUGAGUCCAGAUUACCCAGAAGGCUUAGAGAGUCAGUGGGGGGAUGAAGAGGUGCUGGAAGGUGAGGAUGAAGAGAAGAGGAGGAGCAACAGAGAGGCUUUUGUGAAGAUCACACUGAACUUCCUGAAGAAGAUGAAGCAGGAGGAGCUGGCUGAACGUCUGCAGAGCAAUCAUUUUGCUACAGUUUGUCAUUGUAAACUUAAAUCUGGUCUGAAGAAGAGGUUCCAGUGUGUGUUUGAGGGGAUCGCUAAAGCAGGAAGUCCAACCCUUCUGAACCAGAUCUACACAGAGCUCUACAUCACAGAGGGAGGGACUGGAGAGGUCAAUGAUGAACAUGAGGUCAGACAGAUUGAAGCAGCAUCCAGGAAACCACACAGACCAGAAACAACCAUCAGACAAGAAGACAUCUUUAAAGUCCCACCUGGAAGAGAUCAACCAAUCAGAACAGUGAUGACAAAGGGAGUGGCUGGCAUUGGGAAAACAGUCUUAACCCAGAAGUUCACUCUGGACUGGGCUGAAGACAAAGCCCACCAGAACAUCCAGUUCAUAUUUCCAUUCACCUUCAGAGAGCUGAAUGUGCUGAAAGAGAAAAAGUUCAGCUUGGUGGACCUUGUUCAUCACUUCUUUACUGAAACCAAAGAAAUCUGCAGCUUUGAACACUUCCAGGUUCUGUUCAUCUUCGAUGGUCUGGAUGAGAGUCGACUUCCUCUGGACUUCCACAACAAGGAGAUCCUGACUGAUGUUACAGAGUCCACCUCAGUGGAUGUUCUGCUGACAAACCUCAUCAGGGGGAAACUGCUUCCCUCUGCUCUCCUCUGGAUAACCACACGACCUGCAGCAGCCAAUCAGAUCCCUCCUGAGUGUGUUGGCAUGGUGACAGAGGUCAGAGGGUUCACUGACCCACAGAAGGAGGAGUACUUCAGGAAGAGAUUCAGAGAUGAGGAGCAGGCCAGCAGGAUCAUCUCCCACAUGAAGACAUCAAGAAGCCUCCACAUCAUGUGCCACAUCCCAGUCUUCUGCUGGAUCACUGCUACGGUUCUGGAGGAUGUGUUGGAGACCAGAGAGGGAGGAGAGCUGCCCAACACCCUGACUGAGAUGUUCAUCCACUUCCUGGUGGUUCAGACCAAAGUGAAGAAGGUCAAGUAUGAUGGAGGAUCUGAGACAGAUCCACACUGGAGUCCAGAGAGCAGGAAGAUGAUUGAGUCUCUGGGAAAACUGUCUUUUGAUCAGCUGCAGAAAGGAAACCUGAUCUUCUAUGAAUCAGACCUGACAGAAUGUUGCAUCGAUAUCAGAGCAGCCUCAGUUUACUCAGGAGUGUUCACACAGAUCUUUAGAGAGGAGAGAGGGCAGUACCAGGACAAGGUGUUCUGCUUUGUCCAUCUGAGUGUUCAGGAGUUUCUGGCUGCUCUUCAUGUCCAUCUGACCUUCAUCAACACUGGUGUCAAUCUGAUGGAAGAAAAACAAAACAUUUCUGCUUGGUCUAAAUUGUUUAAGAAACUAAAUCUAACAAGUCUCCAUCAGAGUGCUGUGGACAAGGCCUUACAGAGUCCAAAUGGACACCUGGACUUGUUCCUCCGCUUCCUCCUGGGUCUUUCAGUGGAGACCAAUCAGACUCUCCUGCAAGGUCUGCUGACAAAGACAGGAAGUAGCUCACAGACCAAUGAGGGAACAGUUCAGUACAUCAAGGAGAAGAUCAAUGAGAAUCUGUCUGCAGAGAAAAGCAUCAACCUGUUCCACUGUCUGAAUGAACUGAAUGAUCGUUCUCUGGUCCAGGAGAUCCAACAGUCUCUGAGUUCAGGAAGUCUCUCCACAGAUAAACUGUCUCCUGCUCAGUGGUCAGCUCUGGUCUUCAUCUUACUGACAUCAGGAGAAGAUUCAAAAAAGGUUCUACUGAAGAACUGUAACCUCUCACAGAGAAGCAGUGAAGUUCUGGCCUCAGUUCUCAGCUCCCAGUCCUCUGAUGUGAGAGAGAUGGACCUGAGUGACACCAACCUGCAGGAUUCUGGAGUGGAGCUGCUGUCUUCUGGACUGAUGAGUCCACACUGCAAGCUGGAAACUCUCAGACUUAGAUCCUGUAACCUCUCAGGGAGAACUUGUGAAGUUCUGUCAUCAGUUCUUAGCUCCCAGUCCUGCUGUCUGAGAGAUGUUGACCUGCAGAACAACGACCUACAAGAUUCAGGGGAGACGUUGCCAUCUGGCUCAGACUGUACACUGGAAAUAUUCAGGAAGCCUGCUGAAGUCGGAUUGUUGAAAGCAGAUCUAAGUAUGUAUUCCUGUCAGCUCACAAUCGACACAAACACAGUGAACAGAAAACUCAAACUGUCUGAAGACAACAGGAAGGUGACACAUGUGAAGAAGCUUCAGUCAUAUCUUGAUCAUCCAGACAGAUUUGAUUAUUGGCCUCAGCUGCUGUGUAGCAAUGAUCUGACUGGUCGCUGUUACUGGGAGGUUGAGUGGAGAGGAGAUGUUGAUAUAUCAGUGAGUUACAGAAGAAUCAGGAGGAAAGGAGACAGUUAUGAAUGUUUGUUUGGAUUAAAUGAUCAGUCCUGGAGUUUGAUCUGCUCUAAAGGUGGUUACUAUGUCUGGCACAAUAAUAGAGAAACAUUCAUCCACUCCUCCUCCAUCUCUAACAGAGUAGCAGUGUAUGUGGACUGUCCUGCUGGCAUUCUGUCCUUCUACAGAGUCUCCUCUGACUCAUUGAUCCACCUCCACACCUUCAACACCACAUUCACUAAAGCUAUUUAUCCUGGAUUCUGGAUCAGGCCUGACUCCUCAGUGUUUCUGUGUUGAGUCUAAAGAGUCUCCUACUGUCAGAGAAACACUCUCACUGUUGAACAGAUAGUUCAGUCUCUACAUGUCUGUCUCUUUCACUCAGAAACAUUUUCACAUUCAGUCGAUUUCUUUCUGAAACUCUUGGAAAAGAUUCCUUGUACACUUCGUCUUCUUCCAGUCCUUUAAAGAUGGAAGCUGGGAUUAUUCCAGGAUCCAAAGGUUUGGUUCUGUUUCCAGUCAAAGCUUCAUUUAGGGUUUUUCCUCCAAUGUGCUUCCAGUGCUAUACCAAGACUGCUGCUGGAGUUGGUUCUUUACUGGUUCUUUACGUCUCUUCCAGUAAAUGUUUGAUCCUGGCUCUUAAUAUCUCCAUCAGAAGAAGUUUUAACAUUUCUAUCUCCAAUCUUUUCUGCCAUCUUUCUUGUUUGUGUCACUAAUGUAGUUUUUCUUAAUUUGAUCUGAACAGUUUUGUACUUUAGUCCCAGAUAAACAGGCUGCCUCCUCAUGAUCUGUGGGCUGUGAAGCUCAGGGUUUCUGGAACUGAUUUGUGAUGAAAAAUGAUGACGUGAGUGGAGCUGCUGUUUUAACUGCCCAGGUGGUUGUUCAGUUCCUUACUGUUAGUAUCUGCUAUGUUUUAAUGAGUCAGAUCAGUUCACAAUAUGACUUCUGAUGAGAC